AUGACAGUGGACCUGGAGGGGGGCCUGGUUGCUUCUGCUGGAGGGUCUUCUGGCGGGGGAGGGCUUAGCGGUAUUUCCGGGAAGAUACUUCGCCUGGACACCACCACUCGCGCAGUAGUAGGCGGAGCGGCGGGAGGGGCCGUUGCCGUGAGCGAUUUCGGAGUGAUGACGUUGGCGCCGGAGGAUAAACUAAAGUACGAUUUCAACUACUGGCUCGCGAAAGGUGAGAAGCUUGUGGGUCAGCAGUCAAAGGACUGUGACGUCAACUACGGCAUGCAGUACAUUGACAAAUGGCGUAAAACCCGAGUGGACUGGUGUGUCCCGCCGCCGGCGAACGAUCCGGCACUGCUGGCGGCGACGGCGGCGGCGACGGCGCGACGCCAAUUGCGCGACAGUGGCGGCAACGCCAAGACGUCAGCAAGCUCCGCUGAACCCGGCGCCGCCAAGAGCGCCUCAUCAAACUCGGCUGCCGCCGCGUCGUCGUCGUCGUCGUCGCCUGCAUCACAGAGCACCGCCGCCGCCGCCGCCGCCGCCGCUGCGGCGGGCGGCGAUGGACUGCCGUUAUCAUCCUUGGUCUACUCCUCCAUUUCGCUUUAUCCGUACCACGACAAAGACGCAAAUUUGAAUUUCCUGGUGGCGAACAACACGGUGUUGGACUCCAGGUCUUUCCUGGGCUCACUGGCGGGCGGCCUCCCUGAGCCCCGAUCCGGCUCCUACGCGGCGUCAUGUCGCCUGGGGGCGGGGGCGGGGUCGGGGGGGAGCGCGGGAGAGGAGUUCAUGGUGGAGCUGGAGGGAAUCAGGAAGUGGACACGCGACGCGUUGCAUACGGAGGCGUACGGUAAAGUAUCACAGGCAUGUACGGCCAAGACAGUCAACAGCACUGGUGGUGAGAGUCAAUCGCUGUCUGGUCCAGUGGAACAUCCGGUGCUGCUGCUGUCACGAACCGAUCCGACAAAUGCUUUCCGUACAGUGGAGCUUUACAACAUGUUUACAACAGCUUUUAUAGAAAAAAUAUGUUGGUUUUGUUCCCGGAAGAAAUUUAAAUUCAACGACCAUUUCGCUUCGCUCGAGGCGGUUUUUGCCUUCACUACCCUUGCAGUGCUGAAGGACCCUGACAUUGCCACGAAGGGAAUUCAGGUGGUUAUUGCUGACGGCAAGCCCGACGGCUUCUAUCUGGAUUUGUGGGCCGCUCUGUCCCGACCUUACCCUUUGAGGCUGUUGUCGCAGCAGCACUACCCGCCAAACACGUGUCUAUCGCGUGCCGUACACAGUACGUACGGCGGGUCCUCCAUCCUGACGUCGAUGGGAGUGGCUCGGAGGACCACUUGCAGGUCUUCCGUAGCAAUGGCGGCCUCGUUGUGGGUACGGCACCUCCUGUCAGCCGCUCUGCAGAGCCCCCUGCAGAGCGCAUUCGGGGCGCAGCAGCAGAACAAAGGAGUCGUACGGAAGUCGGUGGUUUGGAUCAGCCGACGGAACUUCGAGGGUCUGGCGCAAACCAAUUUGACGUCCUGGCAGCAACAGCGCCGGUUCGAAAAUGAAGGCACGGAAAAGUGGCUGGGUGGAUGGGGUUGGGGGGAGCAUGAGGUUCUGGGCCAGGCCAGUGUGCUGGUGGGAGCGCACGGAUCGGGACUGGCUAACAUGAUUUGGAUGUCGCCGGGGAAGGGCGGAGUGCUGGAGCUGCACCACAACUCGGCCGGCAACGACCACUACCACAACCUGGUGUGGGGGGUUGGGUUGCAUGGGGUUGGGUGGGGGGCUCAUCUGUUGGGUCACAAGUACCUGAAUGUGGACAGCGACGGCGACCGCGUGGAUCUGGGGGCGCACGGCGGCGACAUGACUGGGGGAGGCUGGGUGAGCGCCAGGUGGUUUCGGCUCGCCGGGCUGCUGAGCGGCCCGCUGCAGGUCCAAGCUACAGCCGAUCCGCCUGGGCCUAUCCGAAACCCAGCAGUAGCGGGGCCGAGCCGCGCCACCGCCGCCGCCGCCGUCACCGUCGGAUCCGUCGGAUCUGUGGGGGCAAGUAAGGGAAGCGCUUUAGCUGGCGGAAACGCCGCCGCGGCUGUAGCAUCUGCAGGCGGCGCCGCCGGGACCUUACAGGACACGCCUUGUGACGCAGUUGCUGUAGCAGACGGUGGCGGCGUCAGGGUCGCUGUGGCAGGUCGCCGCGCCGCCGCUGACGCUGGCGGCAAUGGCGGCGGCAGCGGUGGUGGUAGUACGGCUUUCGCGACGACGGCGACGGCGCCCUUGGCGCUGCCGCAGGCUACUGCAGCGCCGUCGCAGAUGGCUGUAGCAGCACCCAACCCGUCGUCGCUGUCGACUUCAAUGCUACAGCCACGCCAUUGGCCAACAGUACAGUACCAACAGCCGCAACUGCAGCUACAACCGCUGCCGCCGCUAACAGCAACAAAAGGGGUCGUGGAGGAGGCGGAAGAGACGGAGAAUGCGAUGCAGGUUGAGGAGGUGCAGCAGCAGCCACCGCCGUCGGAGUCCCAGUCGGACCUUGUGCCUGCGGAGGCAGGCCAACAUCUCCAUUGGGGCCAUAUGCCAUGCGAUGAGCUGGCAAUGGCGGUGGAUUCGCCGUCACCGCUGGAGACGGCAGGCGAAUGUACGGCAACGGAAUCGGCGGAGCGCUUGCAGCAACAGCAGCAGGCGGGCAUGUCGCCACUGCCGCCGCCGCCGCCGCCAGGGGAAGUGUUGCAGCAACCACCACCGCCGGCGGCGGCGGGAAUGUCGCCGCCAACACCGCUGUCGGAACUGUCGCCGCCACCGCCGCCAACUGCGGAUGCUGCACCCCCACCCCUACCCCCACCAGACGCGGCGGACGCGUCAUCAUUGCUCCUGUCUUUCGCGUUGCUUCCACUGUCGCAGCCGGCGGACACCUCACCACUACCACUGCUGUCGUCACAGGCCGCCUUGUCUCUACCAGCAGACGUGCCGUCGGCGCCGCCGCCGCCGCCGUCGCUGUCGGAGGUCCCAGUGGGAGAUCCCAGCCCGGCGUUACGACAACCGCCGUUGGCAGGAACGGCAAUGUCGGCCUUGCCGCCAGCAGUACGGCAGCCGCUGCCUUCGGAACCCGGAGGCGCCCGCCAGGGUCCGCUGGCGUCGACGGAUGAAUCCCUGCUGCCGCUGCUACGGGACCCAGGAUUGGCACGUACGGCACAUGUACGGCACUUCCUGACGGCGGCAACGGAGCCUCCGCCUCCGCCGGCGUCGAGGGCUCGUUUCUCCGUGCUUGGCCGUGACCUCCCGAAUGAGUACAGGUGGCGCAAGUACGGCGAAAAAUGGAUCGAUGGCAUGUGCCGUUCGUACUUCCGGUGCUCUAUGUUGUACUGCCCAGCGCGGCUCAGAGCGGAGUGGCGACCCAGCGGCGGCAGCGGCCUUGGCGGCAGCGGCGGCGGCGGCGGCGAGAGCGGUGGCGGCGACGCCAAUGCCGGGGGGUUUAUCUUGAGUCUGAAAUCCCGGACAGGGGACGUCAGCAGCCAUCCGGAGAGAUCUCUCCCCGUGCAACAGCGGACCCGCAAGAAGGCCACGGAGGGCCGCCAGGCACGCAAUUAG